AUGGCGGAGGAUACCUUUACAGUGACAACCCAUGACUCCAAAUCUCCUGCCUCCGGUAAUAGGCUUGCUCUGAUAUCAUUGUCAGACAAGAAGGAUCUUGCUUUAUUGGGCAAUGGGCUUCAGGACUUGGGGUAUAAAAUUGUUUCGACUGGAGGAACAGCAUCUGCUUUAGAAAGUGCUGGGUUGUCUGUCACUAAAGUGGAACAAAUUACGUCUUUCCCGGAGAUGCUUGAUGGUCGUGUAAAAACUUUACACCCGAAUGUACAUGGCGGUAUCCUUGCUAGAAGAGACCAAAAGCAUCACAUGGAAGCUCUUAGUAAACAUGGAAUUGGUACUUUUGAUGUGGUUGUGGUGAAUUUAUACCCCUUUUACGAAAAAGUUACUUCAACAGGAGGAAUAGAGUUUGAAGAUGGAGUUGAGAAUAUAGAUAUUGGUGGUCCUGCCAUGAUUAGAGCAGCUGCAAAGAAUCACAAAGAUGUCUUGGUGGUGGUUGAUUCAGAAGACUAUCCUGCAUUGCUAGAAUAUCUUAAGGGAGACAAGGUUGAUCAACAAUUCCGAAGGAAGCUUGCAUGGAAGGCUUUCCAGCAUGUUGCUUCUUAUGAUUCUGCAGUUUCAGAAUGGCUGUGGAAGCAGACUACAGAAGACAAAUUCCCUCCGAGCUUAACGGUGCCUAUACUGCUCAAAAGUCCCCUUCGUUAUGGUGAAAAUCCUCAUCAAAAGGCUGCAUUUUAUGUUGACAAGAGUCUUUCUGAGGUCAAUGCUGGUGGUAUUGCAACUGCUAUCCAACACCAUGGGAAGGAGAUGUCAUAUAAUAAUUAUUUAGAUGCCGAUGCAGCUUGGAAUUGUGUGUCAGAGUUUAGGAAUCCUACCUGUGUAGUUGUGAAGCAUACAAAUCCUUGUGGUGUAGCUUCACGUGAUGAUAUACUUGAAGCAUACAGGCUUGCUGUCAAAGCAGAUCCCGUGAGUGCAUUUGGUGGCAUUGUAGCAUUCAACAUAGAGGUUGAUGAGGCUCUUGCUAAGGAAAUCCGAGAGUUUAGAAGCCCGACAGAUGGUGAAACUCGGGAUUACACAAAGAAAGGGCUUGAAAUCCUCCGAGGAAAAUCAAAGACUCUAAGGAUCCUUGAGGCAAACAAAAAUGAGAAAGGAAAGCUUUCACUUAGACAGGUUGGCGGUGGGUGGUUAGCACAGGACUCGGAUGAUUUAACUCCCCAAGAUAUACAGUUUAAAGUUGUUACUCAGAAGGCUCCACAAGAAAGUGAGCUUGGUGAUGCAGAGUUUGCAUGGUUGUGCGUCAAGCAUGUCAAAAGCAAUGCAAUUGUAAUAGCAAAGAAUAAUUGUAUGUUGGGUAUGGGAAGUGGGCAGCCAAACCGUCUGGAGAGUUUAAGAAUAGCCUUGAAGAAAGCAGGAGACGAGGUCAAGGGUGCAGCUUUGGCCAGUGAUGCCUUCUUCCCAUUCGCUUGGAAAGAUGCAGUGGAAGAAGCAUGUGAGAGCGGAGUUAGUGUUAUUGCAGAACCUGGUGGGAGCAUCAGAGAUGGGGAUGCUAUAGACUGCUGUAACAAGUAUGGAGUUUCACUUCUUUUCACAAAUGUGAGGCACUUCAGGCAUUGA